AUGUUGGCAAAAGGAAUUCCUGAACAAGAAAUCUUCGCUGAAUGGCUCCAACGUUUAUGUCUUUCUGAAUAUUUGGCACUCUUCUUGUCCCAAGGAUAUGAUCUGCCCACUUUAGCUAGGGCAACACCUGAGGAUCUGACGACUUUGGGAAUUACAAAACCAGACGAUCGCAAAUGUUUGGUUCAAGAUAUUCAAUGUUGGCAGAAUGUUGCGGACAACUGGCCAACUGACAUAACUAAAGAAGCGGCUACUCGUGACUGGUUAACUGCCAUAGGUCUCAAACAAUAUAUCCAACAAUUUGAACGUCAGGGGUGUUUGACAGUUGGAGAGUUGGAACAGUUAGAGGCUGAAGACUUGGAGGAUAUGGGCGUGCAGAAGUUGGGGCAUGCAAAACGGAUAUGGCUGGCACUUAGAAAAUUGAGGGUUGGAAAAUUUUUUAGUUCAAAAGAAUCUUUUUUGGCGUUUUGUUUUAUAAGACCUUUUAUCCCGAUUUUGAAACAAAGUAUAAUUUAA